CUCAACUAGCUCUGUGGUGACUCCCAAUAUGCAGUGGGAAGACCUUGGGAGUGUGACUAAACUGGAUCCUACGCUCACAUACCCUUACAUGUACAGGGCUGCUUCCUCGAUGAGGAAGCAAGAUGUUCAGGGUGCACCCUCGGAGAUCAAUCGAGUCCUAGGGUUUAAGCUUGCUCUAGAGUGCCUUGAGCUACGUUUCUGCUUCUACCUUGUCCUCGAGGACGAUCAAUCAGCAAUUUGCGAUGUACAGGUGAUCCUCACUCUGUCCCCAGACUACAGGAUGUUCACCGGACGUGUGGCAGCUUUCCAGCUUAGGACGCUUGUGAGGGAGCACGUUGAGAACUGGAUGACAGCCGACUGUUGGAUGCAAUUGUAUGACCGGUGGUCUUCAGAGGAUGAUAUCAGUUCUCUGUCUGUUAUCUACCAGAUGCUUGCUGAGUCCGAUGCGCCGAAAGGUGUCUUGUACUUCAGACAGUCUUUACUUCUUCUGAGGUUGAACUGUCCUGAGGCAGCAAUGAGAAGCUUACAAUUAGCUCGCCAGCAUGCAAGUGAUGACGAAUGCCUAAUCUAUGAGGGUUGGAUAUUAUAUGACACAGGGCACUGUGAGGAAGGCCUUCAGAAAGCAGAGGAUUACAUAAAAAUUAAGAGAUCAUUUGAGGCGUUCUUCUUGAAGGCCUUUGCUUUGGCAGAUUCUAGUCGGGAUCCAUCUUGUUCGUCAACUGUUGUCUCACUACUUGAAGAUACCCUUAAGUGUCCCUCUGAUAGGCUUCGUAAGGGUCAGGCGUUGAACAAUCUCGGGAGCAUCUAUGUUGACUGCAGGAAACUAGAAUUAGCCACUGAUUGUUACAUCAAUGCCCUCUAGAUCCGUUGCACUAGGGCCCACCAGGGCCUCGCUCGAGUGCAUUACCUCUGGAACGAGAAGGCCGCAGCUUAUGAGGAGAUGACCAAAUUGAUUGAGAAGGCAUGGAAUAAUGCCUCUGCAUAUAAGAAGAGAUCAGAGUACUGUGAACGUGAGCUCACUAAGGCGGAUCUUGAGAUGGUAACGAAGUUGGACCCGCUUCGGGUUUACCCCUACAGAUACAGGGCUGCAGUGUUAAUGGACAACCACAAGGAGAAGGAGGCGAUUGCGGAAUUAUCACGGGCAAUCGCGUUCAAGGCGGACCUCCACCUUCUCAACUUGCGGGCAGCAUUCCAUGAGCACAUUGGCGACGUUUUGGGAGCCCUAAGAGACUGCCAAGCAGCUCUCUGCGUGGACCCUUACCACCAAGAGAUGCUCGAGCUGCACAGUAGGGUAAACAGCCAUGAGCCGUAAAAUCUCUGGCCUGAGAAAGGCAGAAAGGUAAAAGGAAAGAAAGAAGAGGGACACCCUUGCAAAGAAAAAUUGAUUCUCUUUUCCUUUUUGAAGUUUAUAUAGUAUAGUAGGCUUGUGCAUUUAUUAUUGUCGUCUACGGGACCAUGCCAUCCUGGCUUCUUCUUUUUUUUUUUUGGCCUUGUAAUAUUUAUUUUUCUUCCGAUAAUUUAAUUUCAGGUAUCGGUCCUGUUACACUGUUUUUGCCAAUGUUAUAUUGAAGUAUGAUGAUAUGAAAAUUGCUUAAAAGA